CCCUACAACCUACUUCAUGCUUGCUCCAAGACCACUCGCCUGUGUCUAGGAAUUGUACAAUAUGAUUCACCAUCACUUGUUUUUGCGCUCUCUCUGUACCUUCCUUUCCGAGGCCUGAUUUCAGAGCUGUUGUGGACAAUGAAUUUCAGAUAGAGGAAGGUGGGUUGACAGUCUGACGCCUUCCUACCAAAUUACAGGUGAGCAUUUGUGUUAGGUAGCUAUUGUUACCCUUUAUUCUCCCCUCUUUGCCUUCCUUUAUAUAGAGAACGGUCAGAUUGCAAUUUUGGGUAUCCAAUAAUAGGUGUCAUCAUCUUUUUUGUGCUAUGAUUCUUGAACAUCGAACCAUUUUGCCUUAUCUUGUGAACAUUGAAACCAUAAGCAUAUCUAUUUGAAUCUCUAAAACGAACAGCAGCUUCUGAUGAUUUCAUUUGACUUUCUUGGGUAGAGGGGAUAAGGAUUGAAGGGAGCAAGGAAUUGAAUAAUUGAUGAGGUAGGGCACAUCUUAUUCAAUCAUUGAAAUUUGCAUCGAGUUGGACCCAGAAAUUUUAAUUCCGUGAAAGCUCAGUCUUUAUGACUCUUGUUUUGCUCUUGCUUUGCUACGUACCCUGCUUCCCCCCUUGGCUCUUGGUUAGAAUUUCCUUGCUCUCUGAUUUGAGGUUGUUGUUUCUCCCCAGCUUCCCCCCCAUAACAUGGCUGCUGAAACCAUUCUGAUCCCUGUUGCCAAACAAAUCAUUGCCAAAGCAGCCGACUUGGCCUUGGAGCAGCUUGGGCUCAUUUGGAAUUUCAAACCCGAGCUCUGGAAACUCAAGGCCACCGUCUCCACCAUCCAGGCCGUGCUCCGUGAUGCUGAAGAGAAGCAGUCCCACAACCACCAAGUCAAACUCUGGCUAGAUAAGCUCUCCGACGCGAUGUAUGAUGCCGAUGAUCUGCUUGAUGAUGUGUCCACCGAGGCUCGUCGGAAGGCCAUGACUGCGACAACUACUAAUUGUUGGAGCCUGGUAUGCUUUCUGUUCUCUUCACUUCCUGAACAGUUGGUGUAUGAUCUUAAGAUGGCUCAUGCUAUCAAGGGCAUUAGGGAGAAGCUUGAUGACAUAUCGAAAGACAAGGAUACCUUCCAUCUGGAAGUAGUUCAUAGUACUGAGGAGGACGAAGCCCUUCCUUCCCGAGAGACGGAUUCCUGCCCACCCACUAUUGUUGUUGGGAGGGAAGAGGAUAAGAAGAAUAUCAUUCACCUGCUACUACUGCUGAAUUCCAACUCUGAAGUCAACAAUGUUUUGUUCGUCCCCAUUGUUGGGAUGGGUGGGUUAGGGAAGACUACUCUUGCUCAACUCGUAUUCGAUGACGAUGAAGUUGCCGCGCACUUUGAUAUCAAAGCUUGGGUCUAUGUUUCUCAAAGUUUUGAUGUCAAAGCGAUUCUCGGAAAGAUGCUACGAUCGAUAGACCGUCAAAAUCAGGCAUGUCUCGAGUUAGAUGAUUUGCAAGCUCAACUAAGAGAGAAAAUCAAAGACAAGAGGUUUUUGUUUGUGUUGGAUGAUGUUUGGGAAGAGAGCGUUGAAAGGUGGGAAACUUUAGGAAAAUAUUUGACUGUUGGCGCCCUCGGCAGUAAGGUGCUGGUGACUACUCGAUCCACUAAGGUGGCCGAGGUUGGUGGCCGAGCUCUAAAGUCGAGAACAAGUACCAGCAUCGUGGAAUCUUAUCAUUUGAAAGGUUUGUCAGAAGAAGAGUCCUGGAAUUUAUUACUGACAAAGGCCCUCCCUAGAAAAAUUCCACAAAACUCAUGUGUUGAAGAAGUUGGAAGGGAGAUACUAAGGAAAUAUGGUGGAGUUCCUCUUGCUGUAAACACCAUAGCUGGUAUGUUAAUGAGUUCGAAACAUCCCGAAAUUGAUUGGCCGUCAUUUCUGCACAAGGGACUUUCUGAAGAAGAAAAUCCUACCAUAUCAGCUCUUAAACUAAGUUUCAAUCAUCUUCCUUCUCAUAUGAAGCAUUGCUUUGCUUACUGCAAACUAUAUCCGAAAGGUUAUGAAUUUCAUGUUAAAUCAUUGGUUCAGUGUUGGGUGGCACAAGGGUACAUUGAGUCUGAAAUUAAAGGCUUAGACUGCUUCAUAAUGCUAUGGUGGAGGUCAUUCUUCCAGGAGGUGGAGAUGGAUGAGCUGGGGAAUAUGCUAACAUGCAAAAUGCAUGAUUUGAUGCACGACUUGGCCGAUUCGGUAGCUGGAGAUAAGAUCAUUAGAAGUUUAAGUUCCACUGCUCUAAUAAAUAUUCCUUCAAAGACUCGUCACUUGGCAAUAUACGAAGAUGAUGACAGUGAUGCGGGAGAAGAAGCUGAUGCUGCUGUUGCUGAUGAGUUGGAAAAUGCUAGUAAGGUGCGGACUUUGGUAUGCAAUAAACCUCUUUCAAAACAAGAGUUUGAAAGAGUCCUCUGCAAAUUCAUACGCUUGCGAGUGUUGAUUGUGUUUGAAGAUAGAUCAGAUGCUUCAACACUAUUGCACUUUGUUGGUAAGCUGAAGCAUUUAAGAUAUCUUGUCAUUCAUUGCCAUGGAAUGGAGAUGCUUCCAGAUCCCGUUACUAACCUGCUUAAUCUACAAGUGCUUGUGCUCAAAUAUUCCAGAUCAUUAAAAGAACUACCAAGGUAUAUUAGGAAGCUUGUUAAUUUGAAGCAUCUUGUUUUCGACGAAAAUAUGGACCUUUUGACCCAUAUGCCAAAAGGUAUUGGGGAGUUGAAGUCCCUCCAAACACUGCCAACUUUUAUGGUGGGUAAGAGUAGCAGUAGUAGUAAUGACAAGACGGUCGGGGCUGGGUUGGAUGAGUUGAAAGGAUUGAAUGCAUUGCGUGGAGAGUUGAACAUAAAAAACUUGGCAAAUGCUGAGUUUCCAAGCACAGACGUUUAUGUCCUGAAGAAGAAGCUACAUCUUCAGUCCCUUAUUUUAGAUUGGAGCCCUCAACGUUAUGUAAGUGAUGAUGAUGACAAUGUUAGAUCUACAUCUACUCAUGCUGAAGGGAUAUUGGAAAUGCUCUGGCCACAUCCUAAUCUGAAAAAAUUGAUGAUACGUGGUGAUUAUUAUGGACUGUUGGAGCUUCCCAACUGGUUACCCAACUGGUUAUCUAGCCUCGUGAACCUGGUUGAGUUCUCACUAAUAGAUUGCCUGCAAUCCGAGUACCUUCCGCCAUUACAUCAGCUGCGGUGUUUGAAGAAACUAAAAAUUGACAACUGUCCAGAACUGAAGGGCAUCAAUAAUGAUGCAGACAGUGGUGAUCAUUGUGAUCCUUCUACGAACAGCUCAACUACAGAGGAAAAGGAGGACAAAUGGCCCCACUUUCACUGUCUUGCCUACCUAUCUCUUCAGAAUUGCCCAAAGCUAACUCUGAUGCCCACUUUCCCAUCUAUUGAGGGUGAGUUAAGGUUGGUCGCAACGAGCUUAAAACCACUAGUGAGGACGAUGAAGGUGAGGAGAGGAGGACGACAAGUUGUUCAUUCAGAUGAAUACACCAAUUCUGCAUUUGAGGAAUAUGAUGAUGCAGAUACUGCUCUUCUUCCAUGUCCUUCAUCUCACUUGGUCCGCCCACUCUCAAAGCUGACCAACUUGACGUUGAACGGAAUUGAUGAUGAUCUUGAGUUGCUACCUGACGAAGAUUUUAGCAGCAGUUGUCUAAUCUCUCUUCUAAAGUUAUGUGUUUGGAGCUGUUCACAUGGUCUGAAGCUACCUAGUUCUUUGUGCUCCAGUACAAGCCUGACGGUGAUAACGAUAGGUUGGUGUGAUAGGUUAGAGUACUUGCCACCCUUACAUGAACUCUUAUCUUUGAGGGAGCUAUUUAUUGAGGGUUGUCCAUCGUUGAAGGGAUGUUGGUGGAAGAAGAAGGGGAAUCAUGAUCAUAGUGACCCUUUAAUGGAGGAAGAGGAUGGCGAGGAGGCGGACGAGGAAGAGUGGCCCCAUUUCCAUUGUCUUUCGAGCUUGAAAAUAAAAGACUGCCCAAACCUGACUCAGAUGCCCCUGUUCCCGAACCUUGAAGUUGAGUUGAAGCUAUGGAGAACCAGCACAGAGGCACUAGUGCGAACAAUGAAGAUGAAAGUAGCGACCACAAAUCAUCAUGAUUCUCAGAAACAUACUUCUUCAGCUGCAACAGUGACGAACUCCUAUUAUUCUUCUUCCUCGUCGUCUUGCACGGCCCUUGUCACUCCUCCGCUCUCUAACUUGACAAAGUUGUCUAUCCGUGGAAUUGAUGAGCUGCAUUAUAUACCCGAAGAUGGCCUCCGCCACCUUACCUCUCUGCAAGACUUUGUGAUUAAGAACUGUUCAAGUUUAGCAUCGCUGCCUCCAGCAAUGCACUGCCUCGCCUCUCUACAGACACUGUACAUUCGGAGGUGUCCGCAGUUGGCAGAGCGAUGCAGGAAGGAGGAGGGUGAAGAUUGGCCCAACAUCUCUCACAUUCCCAACAUACUACUGGACGGAGAGGCUCUCCAGUAUUAUUCAGAAGAGGAGAGCGACGAUUAAUGCUCUAUGAAGAAUUGUUUGGGAGAGAUGUAAUUAUAUUUUUGUCGCUCUCUGAAGUUGAGAAGAAGAGCAGAGCCUUCAACAGGUAAUCAAAGCUCAAGUCUGCUCUUUUCUGUCAUGAAAACAAGCCCCAUAGGAGAAUUUAUCAAGAGGAUGUUAGCUAGACCCUUGAACUCUGCUAUAGUAGAUUGUCGAUUUUUUAGUUAUUUAAUAAAAUCAUGCAACUUAAAACCAUAAAUUUUUGCUGUUAGCUAUACGCUUGAACUCUGGUACAGCAGAUAUUUCUCAGAUAGAAGAUAUGUACAAAGGGAGCCAAAAGAUCCCUACAACCUAGUUACUGCCUUGCUUCAGAAACUCUUAUCCCUACAGUCUACUGAUAUAAGAAGACAGACAAAUGGAACAACCCUUUAUUUUCUAUUGGCCUCCCAUCUCCUAACCUGAACCACUGCGUGCAACUUGGUGGCCACCAUAACCAACAAUACUCAGAAGUUCCAGCGAUCUAGCUGCCGCCUUGCUUGGAACAUGUCUUUUUGUGCUUUCUUCCACCGAUAGAAUAUAGGGCAAUCUCGACUGCUCUCCCAGUUGUUGAAAUGUAAAAUUGAAAGAGUAAGUCCAACCAUCAUUCAAGAAAGAAGCAUGAUGUGACAUGGUUUAAAUGAAAGAGAACGGUCCGUACCUAGUGCGGAGCACAUCUUGAUGAAGAGAGCCUUCAGCCUUGGCAUUCCUGCACUGUGUUCACAAGCUCUAGGAGAAGAACAAUCUCUGUGAGAGAACACAUAGAAAGGCAUGUUGUCGUGUUAGAUAGAUAAACAAGCAAGAGAUAAUAUUGACAUGUCUUUUACCAUGAGAAACACUCUUGCAGUACAACUCGGCUUCUCUUCUUUUGCAGGGAGUGCACAGAGUUCGUUGAGAAUCCCUGGUUCAUUAUAGCAUGUGGAGAAACUCUGUUACAUUACAACUCCUGGAGCCAAAUAUCCACUCGCAACUACUCUGAAAAUUUGCUACCGAGAAGAAUGCAUAGUAUCCAAGACAUACUUCAUUACUGCUUUGCAACCAAGACAAGUGAGUUGUUGUUUCACAAAUCUCUUUAUGUCUGAUGUGAUCCCCGCUGAGUAGUUCAUCUUUGGCAUGCUUCAAAAUAGGCACAACGGUAUGUAGAAGUGGUUGCAUUGCCAAAAGCUUGAUAUUGGUGCCAUUCAGAAGAUUGCAACCAGGCUGCGUCCAAAAACUCAUUACACAGACCUCUUGGAACUGUUUUGUCAGGUAAUAUUUACUGUCUGUUGGAAUAUUAUUCUCUAGCACAUAUAUGGGAUCCUCAGACUUCUCAUAAGCGUGGCGAAAAUAGCAGAUCACUGUUGGUUUUGAUUAAAGAAUUCUACUUUGAAAUUUGAAUGCGAACCUUGACACUCUACUGAUCUCUAAUGGACCAUUAUCUGUGUUCUUAUCCACUCAAUAGCGGAAUAUAGAGGAAAACACUACCUUAUUUGCCCCUUUUGCAGAUUCUAUUAUGAGUUUAUGACAUAAGCAACUCUAUGUGAAUAAAGUUGUGUUUUGUGUGUGUGCAUUGUAAAUGGUGAGGGGGCAAGAGUACGUAAUUCAACCCUUGCUGACAAAGUUGUGUUUCCUUUCAUUCUAUGUACCUCAGAUUCUGAGGAAGACAGUGAUUGAUGCUGAGUUCAGGAGAUAAUCGCGGCAGCUUUUGUCUACAAGUUGAGGAACUGCAGCAUACAGAGCCUGCCACGAGGAAAACCAGUUCACUAGUUCCUUGGAGAAAGAAACAAAAGAAGAAGAAGAUUGAGAGACUAGAUUGAAUUUUGCUUGAAAUCAAUCAGUGAGAAUAACGGUAAUGGAAGCUUCAACGAAUAGCCUUUACUUUUCAUACUCUGCGUGGCAGCUGGGGAAUUGAUUGGUUCCCUCCUCCUUCCGGUAGAUUGCAAUCUUCCUUACUGAGCCAAACUUUUAAGUCCGUUUCAUAAUCUGUAUUCUAGCUGAAAUCAUUUAUGUUCUACUCUUUUCUUUGUCUGUGUUCCAGCUCAUUAUGUAUUCGUGCCUGAUGCCAUCGUGAACAAAAUCCUAGGCAAGUUGGGUAGCUUCGCAUUCGACCAGCUCCUACUCCUGUGGUAUCUCAAGCCUGAGAUUCCUUAAACUCGAGGACGACACCAUCAGCUCCAUCAAGGCAACGCUUCUCGACGCAGAGGAGAAGCAGUCCCACAACAACCAAGUCUAACUCUGGCUCGAGAGGCUCUCUUGACGUGAUGUACAAUGUUGAGGAUCUGCCUGACGAUUUCUCAACUAAGGGUGCACUCCGGUAGCGAGCACUAGCUCGCAAGGGGAUGGAGAUGGGUAUGGCUGCUCUCUGGUCUCUUCCCUUCCCAAGCAGUUGAUGUAUCACUUUAAGAUGGCUCGUGGUGUUAAGGCUAAUCUGGAGAAGCUUGAUGUUAUGUCGAAAGAGAAGGAGACUUUCAAUCCGGGACUUCGCACUGAGAAUGGAGCUCUUGCUGAUUCUUGCCCAACCCCUUGUAAUAUCAUUCGCCUACUGCUGAAUUCCAAUUCUGAAGCCAACAACAUUUCGGUUGUCCCAAUCGUUGGGAUGGGUGGGCUAGGCAAGACCACUCUCGCUCUGCUCGUAUUUCAUGACGAUCAAGUUAGAGCGCACUUUAAUAUCAAAGCUUGGGUCUAUGUUUCACAGAUGUAUAUAUGAACAUGUGUGCACUCCCUGAUUAUAGAUGCAACUCAUUUGUCUGAAUUCAAUAAAAUGAAGCACUCUAUUUGAUUGAUGUUAUUGAUCUCAUGUCACUGUACUUUCAUGAAAACAGUGUUUUUGGAAGGACAUCUUCAGUCUGAAGCUAAUCAUCUCCUACUAAACUGAACUCAGAAUUGUUUGGCAUCUUGUGAAAGCCUGCUGGUUCUUUGAACUGAAGCAGAGUUCGUUCUGAUUAAAAUGUUCAGUUUAAUGAGUGCUUCAACGGAUAUUUUAAUAAUACAGUGAUCAUUUUGAG